AUGAUUUUACAUCAUGAGUCAUCUUUAACCUCCCAAUAUGAAAUAAAUCCAAUGACAUACACUAAAUGCAAGAUUUUACCAACAAAAGUUAUAUCAAGAGGAGCGUUCAAGGGAUACCAAGAUAUACGUCGGUUCCAGUGUUUUUCCAAAAUGUGUAAUUUGAAUUUUGACCAGAAUAGAAAUUGUCAAUAUUGUAGACAUUUGCCGUAUUUUCCUUCUCCAUUGAGGAAUAGGAGAUUGAAGAGGAGGGCCAGUUAUUAUAAAAGAUCAAAUGUAAAUGAAAAGGAAAAAUCCAAAAUAGAAGAAAGAAAUGUUGUUUGUGAAAGGGAAAUUUUGAAAGCAGCCGAACAUUGGAAUUAUGGACUUGGUGAUACUGAAAAUGAAGAAGCUAUUGAAAAUGGCAAUAAUGAAGAGGAUGUGCAGUUGAAAUCAGCAGUAAGAUCAACUAUGGUUGAUCUUGAAAAUAAAUUUGGUAUUAUUGAAGAUAAUUUUAACAAAUACUUUGAUAACAGUAAUCAAAAAGAAAUCAAUCUGGAUCUGAAGGAGACGGAGCUUUGGAGUGAUCCCAGCAGUUCUUGUCGUCAUCUUGGGCCAACAAAUAAAACGGUAUGUGCAUUUGUUGGCACUGGAUCUCCAACUACAUCAAGAGGCGGGUUCAUUACACCUAGGAAAAGAAAUACUUCAACUAAUAAUUGCGAUAAUAACAAUAACAAUAACAAUAAUAAUAAUAAUAACAACAACAACAACAACAACAACAACAACAAUAAUAAUAAUAAUAUAGAGCUGAUGAUAAUGGUUCCUCUGCCUAAUGUACCAGUAAGUCCCAGCCUAUCAAGCAGAAUAAAGGCCAAUUCCAAAUUCAUGGCUUGCGAUAAGUUGCAACAACACCAGGGGAAAGAUAAGGAUCUUGAAAAAAGAAACACUUCAAGACGUCGUAUUCAUCAUCACAACAGCAGUAACAGUAAUAUCAACAACGAUACUAGUCACUAUACCUACAGCGAAAAAGGCAACUUAAAUACCAAUCAUGCAUCUCACCCACAUGCACAUACCAUUUCUCAAACAAUCCUAAACACUGUAUCUUUGAGCAAUAAAACUGACUUGAAUAAUAAAAUCACUGGGGUAUUGGAUCAUUUGAAAAUCGGAGAUUUGCAAUUGAAGCAGAAAUUCCUUGAAAUGAAAAAUCAAGGAAGGAAAACAAACAAGACUCUGCAUCAAGAUUAUCAAAGACCAAUCUCUGCACCUUCUACAUUUAGUCAUUUUUAUACAUGA